UCCUCUCUCUCUCUCUCCCUGUCUCUAUCUUAUCCAAUCUCAUUUUGUCAGUCACAACAGUAUUGUCUCCUUCAGUUACAAUCGACACAGCCGUUGCCUUCUCCUGCCUCCGUGUUCAUAGGCACUGGGAAUCCGUGGCCAUCCAGUCAUGACGGGGAAUACCAGCUUCAAGCUAGACAACGCCACCCGGGCCCUGUUCCUGGAUGUACACACCAGCAUCGCCAUCUCGGCCAUCUAUAUGGUGGUCACUGCCAUUAACUUGAUAGGAAAUGGCUUCUCCAUGUGGCUCCUCGUCUUUCGCACCCACCCCAAGACCCCGUCCAUCAUCUUUAUGAUUAAUCUCACCCUGACCGACAUUUUCCUCGGGGCCGCCCUGCCCUUUCAGAUCGCCUACCAGCUCCAAGGAUACCACUGGAAUCUGGGACCAAAGAUGUGCAGCAUCAUGACCCUGGUCUUCUACACCAACAUGUACUGUUCCAUUCUGACCAUGAUGGCCAUCGGAAUUGACCGCUACCUAGGCAUCGUGAAGCCCAUGCGGUUUAAGGAGACCAGGGUUAGGAAGCCCAUGGCUGUCAUGAGCUGCCUCAUCAUGUGGGCCGUGGUCCUCAUCGUACUGUCUCCGCUGAUGACCACGGACCUGACCUUUGACGUUCAAGAACUGGGGAUCACCACGUGCUUUGACGUCCUGAAGAAAGACAUGCUCCCGAACCUGUAUGCCUGGGCGUUCUUUCUCUUCGGCAUGGUGUUCGUCCUCUUCCUCUUUCCUUUCUGUGUCACAACGUUCUGCUACGUCAGUGUCAUACGGAAACUGGCCAGAAAUUCGAAAACAGCCCAGAAAGCGAGAGCCAUACGUCUGGCCUUCAUCGUUCUCCUGGUGUUCACCUUCUGCUUCGCGCCCAGCAACAUCCUCCUGUUGAUUCACACGGUGCUUAGACUCUUCUAUGGGAAGUCUCUCUACAUGGCCUACAAACUGUCCCUUUGUUUCAGCUGCCUGAAUAGCUGCCUCGACCCCUUCAUUUACUACUUUGCUUCCAAGGAUUUCAGACAGAAGCUGAGACGGAUAAUCAAUCUGCGUAGCCUGAGUAGCAUGGACUCAAUGAAGAUGGAGCAUAAAGAGAGUUUUUACUCCACACAUAACACUGUUGGUCUAGAGGCGGAACACAGAUAAAUGGCACCUAGAGCAUAGAGUGAGAAAAAGAAUGAGACAGAUGUGACAAAGGAUGUGACAAAGGAAGUGAAAGGAACGUUCUGCGUGUCAUGUCAAGACAUUCAAAUUUUUCCACUUUUUUUUUGUGUGCACCACAAAACAAAUGGCUGAAAGAGCAGCUGAGUCGUAUUACUAAAUUUUUCAUUUGUUAUCUCAAAAUGUAAAACAUUUAUUGUAUUUCAAAAGCAUUGGUAAUUACAUCAACAAGUCAUUAUAGUUUUUGAACAAAAGAGAUUUAUAACAUUUUAACAUUUUAACCAUGAAAUGCCUCUGUAAAUGUGCUGAAUAUGUUUUGACUUUUUUUAACUUCAGUCCAUUUCUUGUCUAUUUUUUCUUCCUCUACUAAUGUAGAAGCU